AUGGCUGAAGAAGGAACAGGCCCUCAUAAUGGUGGACAUGGACCAGCCAGACCUCCUAGAAGGACCCUAGGUGAUUAUGCACAACAACAUGGUCCUAGGCAUUUCUCUAGCAUUUCAGCUCCAAAUACUUCUAGAGCCAUGGAGAUGAAGCCUGCCUUCCUUACUUUGGUUAGCUCACAACAAUUUGCUGGCCUUGAUCAUGAGGACCCAUACUCACACCUUUCAAAUUUCUAUAAGUUAUGUGGAACAAUGGGAAUCCCUGAAGGUGAUGAAGAAGCUGUAUAUUUGAGAUUUUAUCCUUCAUCCAAGUAUAUUAAGGCCAAGUCAGAAAUCACUACUUUCAAGCAAGGUGCAGAUGAACCAUUUUGUGAAGCUUGGGAAAGAUUUAAGUCAUUGCUCAGAAAAUGUCCUAACCAUGGGUUUGAAGAUAUAGCUCAACUGAAUUUCUUUGUUAAUGGAAUCAAGCCUGAGGUGAAGAUGUUAUUGGAUGCAUCAGCUGGUGGCACCAUGAUGACUGUGAAUCCAGAGGAAGCCACUCAAAUCAUAGAAUCUUUGGCAUCUUCUGAUCACCAAGCAGAGCAUGGGAGACACCAAUCUCAUAAAAGAGGAGUUCUUGAUCUCAGUACUAAUGAUGCAAUCCUUGCACAAAACAAGCUGCUAUCUCAACAGAUUGAAGCACUGACUAAGCAGAUGGCCAAGAUUCCACAACAGCUUCAUGCUAUUGCUUCUUCUUCAACCCAACAAAAUCCUUCUCUAAAAUGUGAUUUUUGUGGAGGAGAUCAUCCCAAUGGUCACUGUUCAGAAAUUCCAAAUGAAGAAGAGGUCAACUAUGUGGGGAACCAACAAAAAGGAGGUAAUUUUAAUUCCCGUAAUUAUAAUACUAACAAUUAUAUGCAGGGAAAUCAAGGUUGGAGAAACAACAAUAACAACCAAGGUUAUGGAUGGAGGAAUGAAGCUGGACCAUCCAAUAGGCCACCACCACAACAACAACAACAACACCAGCCUGCUUAUCCUUCUAUGCAUGAAAGAACCAGCAAAUUGGAGGAUACUCUGAACCAGUUCAUGCAGGUAUCUAUGAACAACCAGAAGAAUACAGAGGCAUCCAUCAAGAACUUGGAGGUGCAGGUGGGUCAGCUAGCUAAACAAUUAGCUGACAUGUCUAAAGGCCCAUUUUCAGCCAACACCAAGACCAACCCCAAGGAGUAUUGCCAAGCCAUAACAACAAGAAGUGGAAAGGUGGUAGGUAGUGAUGUUGGGAAAGAGAAGGAAAGACAAUUUGCAAGGUUUCUAGACAUCAUCAAGAAGCUCCAGAUAAAUAUUCCCUUCACUGAAGCCAUGGAACAAAUGCCUACUUAUGCUCGGUUCAUGAAGGAUCUCUUGACUAAGAAGAGAAGAAUUCUUGAAGAAGAAACUGUGGAGCUUGAGGCUGGGUGUAGUGCCAUCAUACAAAAAUCUUUGCCUCAAAAAUCCAGAGAUCCGGGUAGUUUUACUCUCCCCGUGUCUAUUGGAAAUCUAUCAGUGGGUAAGGCACUAUUGGACCUUGGAGCCAGUGUUAACUUGAUGCCUUUAUCCAUGCUGAAGAAGAUAGGAGAAGUAGAGGUACGACCUACAAGAAUGACCUUACAGUUGGCAGAUAGAUCCAUCAAGCUUCCACAUGGUAUAGUGGAAGAUAUGAUCGUGAAGGUUGAUAAGUUCAUGUUUCCAGUUGAUUUCGUAGUCAUGGAUAUGGAAGAGGAUGUAGAAGUUCCUUUGAUAUUGGGCAGACCCUUCAUGAAGACAGCUAGAGUUAUCAUAGACAUGGAUGAUGGAAAGCUGAAGGUGAGAGUUCAAGAUGAAGAAGUGAGUUUCAAUGUAUUUGAAACAACGAAGUUUCCAAAAGGCAACAAAGAUUGCUUUAGAAUUGAUGUAUUAGAUGAUGUGUACUUGGAAACUCAAAAUGAUUUCAAGAGCUCAUCGCCACUAGAGAAGGCUUUGCCUAUCUCUAACGAAGAAUUGGAAAAGGUCAUUGGUAAAGCUUGUCAUCUGCCAGUGGGAUUGGAACAUAAAGCAUUUUGGGCUUUGAAGGCCUUAAAUUAUGAUUUGAAGGCAGCAGGGGAGAAAAAAAAGCUUCAAUUGCAUGAAUGGGAAGAAAGGAGAUUGAAAGCUUAUGAGUCCUCUAAGUCUUACAAGCACAAAGCCAAGAUAUAUCAUGACAGGAAAAUUCUGAACAGGAGCUUCCAACCUGGCCAGCAAGUAUUAGUGUUCAAUUCCAGGUUGAAACUUUUCCCUGGGAAGCUCAAAUCUAAGUGGUCAGGUCCUUUCUUGAUUAAAUUUGUCAAAUCAUAUGGAGCUAUUGAACUUGAAGAUCCUGCUUCUGGAAGGACUUGGUUGGUUAAUGGUCAGAGGCUCAAGCACUAUUUGGGUGGUGAAGUUGAGAGAUUCACUGCCAGCACACAUUUGAAGAAGCCAUGA